CAGACUUCAUCCUCAUAAAAGCCCAGGCUGCCAUUGGAGAGCCCGUUGGCAGGAGCGCACAGGACGCAGACGCAGGAGCUAUCGAAGGAAAACCAGUAUCCAUCACUUUCAGCUGAUGUAACCAGACAGCGUAUGUUGGACUCAGUUAUUUUAGAAUAGCAACUUGGUGAUAAAGACACACAAAAGGAGGAGAGAAAAUGGGACAUACCGCAAUACCUAUAUUAAUGGCUGUAUUGUCCUAUUGCGUGUGGGAGAACGUCGAGGCUUUAGCCAUGACUGAGGUGAACGGACCAGGUCCCGCAGACCCGCAGCCUCAGAUUGCCAUGUACUGUGGCCGUGUUCUCCUGUACAUGAACACACAGACCGGCCAAUGGGAGCACGAUCCUCAGGGCCGCCAGGGCUGCUUCACUGAGCCCAGCCAAUUCCUGUCCUACUGUCAGGAGAUGUACCCAAAUCUUCAAAUCUCCCAUGCCAAGGAGGCAACAAAACCUGUCACCAUCCCCUUCUGGUGUAAGAAGGGCUGGGGCUACUGCCAGAAUCGCCCCUUCAUAGUUGUGCCCUACCGCUGUGUAGUUUUUGCUGAUUCUGCAGAGGGCGAGUAUGUGAGCGAGGCCCUGCUGGUUCCAGACCGAUGCCGUUUCCUCCACCAGGAGCAGAUGGAUGCAUGCGAGAGCUACGUCUACUGGCACAACAUUGCUAAAGAGGCAUGCACUGCAGAGAGUCUGGAGCUCCACAGUUAUGGAAUGCUGUUGCCGUGUGGAGACCAUUACCGUGGGGUUGAGUACGUGUGCUGCCCAGGCAGAAGUAGCUCUACCAGCAAAGGGGAAACAGAGGGAGAGGUCCCUGCUGUUCCUCAAGUACUCACAUCCCAGACUAGCGGAAGAACCAAUUCUGUUGUAAAAGUGACAGCCCCCACUCCAAGCCCCUCUCCUGACACAGAUGUGGAAGAGGCUGAUAUGGAAGAGGAGGAUGACGAAGUGGUGGAGGAAGAGGAGGAAGAAGAAGAAGAGGAGGAAGUUGAUGAGGACGAUGUGGAGGACGACGAGGAGGAAGAUGAAGAAGGGGCAGUAGCAGUGAAAGAUCCAGAGGAAUAUGAAUACCCUAUUGACUCAGGUCCGUACCAGACAUCCGACUAUCUGGACUUUUUCUACGAUGAAAAAAACCACAAACCCACCACCUCAGCACCUCUGAUGAAGGGAGACAGCUUGACUACACCUCGGCCCACAGACGGAGUUGAUGUUUAUUUUGAGAAGCCUGUGGAUGAGACUGAGCACGCCAACUUCCUUCGUGCUAAAACAGACCUGGAGGAGCGGAGAAUGAAGCGCAUAAAUGAGAUUAUGAAGGAAUGGGCAGAGGCAGACAAUCAGUCAAAGAACCUCCCAAAAUCAGAGCGACAGGCCCUGAAUGAGCACUUCCAGUCAGUGCUUCAGACGCUGGAGGAGCAGGUUGCUGGUGAGAGGCAGCGGCUGGUGGAGACUCAUCUUGCAAGAGUAGAGGCCAUACUCAACAACAACCGCCGCCUGGCCCUAGAGAACUACCUGACCGCUGUCCAGUCCGAUCCUCCCCAGCCAGAGCGUGUGCUGCAGGCUCUGAAGCGGUACAUUGCUGCAGAGCAGAAGGACCGCAGACAUACACUCAGGCACUAUCGGCAUAUUGUGGCCGUCGACCCCCAGAAGGCUGAGCAGAUGAAAUUCCAGGUAUACACACACCUCCAUGUGAUUGAGGAGAGGAUGAACCAGAGUCUUGCACUGCUUUACAAGGAUCCUACCUUGGCUAAAGAGCUGCACAGCGACAUCCAGGAACUGGUCAAAGCAGAGCUGGGAGACAUCAGUGAGCUCAUGACCACCUCCUUCUCUGAGACCCGGACCACUGAGGAGCUUCUGCCAGCUGAGAGUGAGGAGGUGAAGGAUGAUGAAGAGGAGGAGGAGGCAGCCUUUCAGAACAGGCCUUAUCCUCCUCGCAUCGAUCUGCAGUCCAAUAAGAAAGUCGAUGAAUAUGAUGAUAACACGUCUGAGAGAAGUGCUACUUAUGAAUAUGAGGAAAAGAGUAACACCUCUGCUGAGCUCAAGUUAUUAGACUCCAAGCCCCCUGAGAUUGAAAGAGAUGAAUUGCAACCUGACGCUUUGGAGACAUUUAACCGUGGUGCCAUGGUGGGGUUGCUUGUGGUUGCUGUGGCAAUUGCCAUGGUGAUGGUAAUCAGCCUGCUGCUGGUGCGUAGGAAGCCCUAUGGUACUAUCAGCCAUGGCAUCGUAGAGCAGGUCGACCCCAUGCUGACCCCAGAAGAACGACAGCUCAACAAAAUGCAAAACCAUGGUUAUGAAAACCCAACUUACAAAUUCUUUGAACAGAUGAACUGAGGUAUCGGGGCUGCCAACAAGUCAUGCCCAACCACUUGUUUUGCCCCUCCACUUUUCCUUGAUGUGGUGUUCCAGCCACACUCUGUGAUGGAUUUAUGAUGUGUUGCAAACAUAAAGAUACUGAUAAAGUAUGGGCUACAUCCCAAACCCAAUGUAAAUGAUCAACAACAAGCUAUCAUCAUCACCAGAAUGCGAAUAAUGAGAUAUGAUACCAACUCACAUCAUCUAUUGUAAUAAUAUACUCCUGAAUUAGAGUCUGAUGAUUGUUCUUUCCAUUAGCAGUGCCACAGCAUUUCAUAAUCCUGAAAACAUUCACCUCAUAGACAGGAAAAUCAUCCCAGUGGCAUGACUUGAUCUAUCGUUCCUCACUAGAAACUGAAGUUGAGCGGUGCAUAAUGCUUUAUAGUAUGUAUUUUUGAGUAGUAUUCUCUUUGUUGAAAUCGUACCACAGUUAGAUAUACACUAAUGUAUCUGUGUAGAUGAGUGUGAGUGACAGCCUAGUUAAAUUAUGCUGUAAUUCUCAAUUUUAAAGUCACUCAGUGAUGAAAAGACAAUUAUAAAAAGCUAAUUGUCUGACUAAUCUUACCUCCAUGAGCUACUGUAAUAUCAAGAUGUUAACACUGAGUGUGGAGGUGUUUACUUUGAAUGUGUGAGACAUUUAGGGUCGCUGGCUUUAACGUAAAACCCAGAAGGCCAACUGAAGACCACGUUAGUUGAACUAAGUGCUGGUGGUACAUAAUUAUUGGGCUUAAUAUGGUUUUGAGGAUCCGUCCUCAUUAAACUAAUUUAGUCGGUGAAUGAGUUUUUUUUUUUAUUUGUACUGCUACCUAAAGAUCUGUAAAAGCAGAUAAUCAGAAAUCUGUUAUUUUACUGAAAGCAUGACAACUUGGUGUAUGAUGCUGCUGUAUUAUUUGUGUUGUUCCCGUCAUUGCUUUUGAAAAGUCGGAAAUGUCACCGUUCAAAAUGGACACUGUAAAUAACGUAAGAAAUACAUACUACUAGUUGUAGACAUUUCUAUGAUUAAUUUGCAUUGAUGUAAUGGAAUAAUACAUAAAAAUAGUACAUUGUGCUGUUAUGAAGAGGAGAAACAUUUUCCUAACAUGGCUGAUUGAAAACGGACUGUUGUAAAAACCAGCACAAGACAACGACACAGUAACUUCUUUCUGAAUGUAUUUAAGGUAGACGUUGAGAUUCCAUCUUCUUUUCAGUAAUGCGUCAUUCCCCUAGUAGACCUCAUAAGAGUAGGGAAGUUCAACACAUCUAAGAGACAGACCACACACCUGAUGUCCUUCUCAUCACUUCCUGUAGCAGCCUGUUAAUUUUUAUUUUAUUACUUUUUUUUCUCCAAAUUUGGCAGAUGUGUAUAUGAGGAGUGGAACUUCAGGCUUAGGCGUUUUAUGCAGACAAACCACAGCUAUAUUAAAGUGAGGUGUCAGUGUGUAUAUUAAGUCCUAAAAACAGACCACACUCAGGCAUGAUAAUAGUAAAAACAUAAUGUAUGUCUUUAAAUCCAUUGAUUCAGUAUGCUGCCAGUUUGACAUCUUUGGACUCAACUACAUUGAAUGUUAGUGCUCUAUAGAUGCUAUAUUUAAGUUAUUCUCCUCAUAAAUAGCUUUUCACCUAAUGACUCAUUGUAGUUUGUCAUAAUUAUGAUAAACAUAGUUCCCUGUGUAGGUAAAAGGGUAAAAAGGGAUUGCCCCUUUCUCUGGUUCUGGUUGAUUAUCUGCUUGUGUGACAGGUUGAUUUCCUUUCGCCAUUUAAUUUAAUCAGACAGUCUUGGUUAAGGAAUGUCAUGUAGUUGGAUGUUGCUUUAUAUUCAUCAGGCUUUUAUUGUAAUAUACUAUAAUUCAUACCCAAAGGAGGUCAUGUUUUAUUUCUUUGUUAUGGUUUAAGUUUUCCAAGAAUUUCUUCAUUCUGAUUAAAACUGUUUACCUUAUGUUUUUCUGUAAUGUUUGCUUUAAAAUAAGCAAAAAAAAAAAACACUAUCAUUUGGCAUCAGUUUUCUGUUUUUCUUGUAAGGCAGGUUGAUUGCAGGUUGCGACUGCGUUAUGACAGAUGAAGAGAAGAGUCAUAGCCCUUGUAUAAUUUGUACAGCUAGUGAAUGAAAAUGUUGUAUGUUCACAGUUUAAGUCAGUUGAUCUUGUAAUGAUACUACUGAAACAUAGAAGAGAAUAAGCUUGCCUGUGUUUCCCAAACCACUGAAGGUUUCCUACCAGCAUUUAGCAGACUUAGAAUGGUGUAUACUGUAGUUACUCAGAUCACAUUUGUACGUACGUCCUCUGUCAAAAUCUAGACUUCUUUGUUGGUCUGUCCCCUUUAUCCCCCCCCCCAAUGAGAUAUAAACAAUGUUACUGAGAUUUUAAUUGCUGCAUUAAUGCCUUUUACAAUGCUGUGUUUUGGAUGUAAUUAUUCUGUAUUUUUUAUUUGUAUGUAAUAAUCAGUUUGGGUCAUGCUUUUCACCUGUAAUGUAAUUUUAGAAACUUGUAUAAGAAAACAUUUACAAGUUUGAUACUGUACGUUCAGAAAAUGUGAAAUACAGACUGGUGUAUGGCCUCUGCCUAAUUGACAAGGUAUGGCACUAAGCACAAGUACAACCAAAUUUCUCCAUUUGUGUACAGGUUGCUAAAUGUUAGACAUUGAUUCUGUCUGUCUAAUUUCAAAUAUAUUGCAUUAGAUCUAGAGACAUGGAUAGCAUCAUUUAGAGAGCUGUUUUCAUUUUCAUUUAGACCUUAACCAAAGACAUGCUCCACAAAUAAGCAGACAGAUAUUCUAAUUUGGCAGAAUGUUCUCUGUUGUGUAACUGUAUUUGCAAGCAAUCUGAGAUAUAAAACUGGUCAAGCUAAUUAAUAGUGUAAUAAAAAUGAAUGACCCAUAA